AUGGGGUACUUACACUGCAAUCUGCUGCGUCUUCGCUCUUCUUCAAGCUCUUCUUUUCCCCAUGUCUAUCUUCUUCUUUCUCCUUUAUCAUUUGAUGAUUUUAAUCCAGAUGAAAAGGCCAAGCAGCAGAAGCAGCAGCAAAAGGCACAUAGGCAGCAGCAGCAGCAGCAGCAGCAGCAGCAGCAAAAGCAGUAUUUGCUGCUGGUGGCGUUCAAGCAGAGCGAGCACUCCACUGUGUAUUUCUACUUGCCGACAGAUGCAGUUGCUGCAGCAGCAGAGACGUAUCUUGCUGCAGCUGACAGCAAUAACUGCAGCAGCAGCAGCAGCACAGAAGCAGCAGCAGCAGCGCAGCACCUGCUGCAGCUCGUACAGAAAACUCUCCUACCUAACGACUUCUCCUUCAUUGCUAGCCUCAGCUGCAACUUCUGGGGCCCCACCUCUGAGACUCCCGAAGGAGGGAUCAACGACGCGAGCAAAUGGGGCAGCAAGACCAACAGCAGCAGCAGCAGCAGCAAGAGCAGCAGCAGCAGCAGCUUCUUGCUGCAGCGUCUGCCGCACAGCGAGCAGCAGCUGCUUGCAAAGCUAUCUUUCUCUCGCAAUCUCAGCGGUGAUGUCCCGCGAAAGAUGAAGGCUGAACUAAACAGAGAGGGGGGUGUCUAUACACUGGAGCCUCUCCCUCCUCGCUGGGAUCCGACGUUGAAUUCAUUUUCUUUGCCUUUUUACGGCAGGGCUCGUCUUCCUUCAGCAAAAAACUUUCAGAUGGUGUUAAAUACUAGUGCUUCUGCGAAGCAGCAGCAGCAGCAGCAGCAGCACGAAGCAGCAGCAGCAGCAGCAGCAGCAGCAGCAGCAACAGCAUGA